CCCUCACACAUUCAAAUCCACUGAGCAACGCACGACAGCCUCUCCUCCCUCUCUCUCUCUCUCCUGAGGGACACCGGAAAGAAAGAAUGGAGCUGAGCUUGAGCACCUCCUCGCCGUCUCCAGCCGUUGCCGGAAGACUCAAUCGUUCUUCUCCUCCGUUUCGUCACAAUCGGCACGUGUUCGGCGUCAGCUUCCCUUCUGCGCUCAAACAUGGAGGAGGAGGGGGAGCUCUGCGGUUUCCUCACCGGCCUUUGGUUCGACGCUCCAUCACCUGCUCCGUUUCUCCGUCUACAGCCGAAUCCUCCACCGAGGUGAAGAAGAAGAAGUUGGCAAGGAGGGGCGAUGUAAGGAAUAUAGCAAUUGUGGCACAUGUUGAUCAUGGGAAAACCACUUUGGUUGAUGCAAUGUUGAGACAAGCAAAGGUUUUCCGAGAUAACCAAUUUGUCCAAGAGAGGAUCAUGGACUCAAAUGACCUCGAGCGUGAAAGGGGAAUCACGAUACUUAGCAAAAAUACUUCUAUCGCUUACAAAGAUACAAAAAUAAAUAUAAUAGAUACUCCUGGUCACUCUGACUUUGGAGGUGAAGUGGAGCGCAUCCUUAACAUGGUUGAUGGAGUUCUUCUUGUGGUGGAUUCUGUCGAGGGCCCAAUGCCUCAAACGAGAUUUGUUUUAAAGAAGGCUCUUGAGUUUGGGCAUGCAGUUGUGGUAGUCGUUAACAAGAUUGAUAGACCUUCUGCUCGUCCAGAUUUUGUUAUCAAUUCUACUUUUGAGUUGUUCAUCGAGCUAAACGCUACAGAUGAACAGUGUGAUUUCCAGUCAAUAUAUGCUAGUGGAAUCAAAGGGAAGGCGGGUCUUUCACCUGAUAAUCUGGCGGAAGAUCUGGGACCCCUUUUCGAGGCUAUAAUCAGGUGCAUACCUGGGCCAAAUAUUGACAAAGAUGGUGCACUUCAGAUGCUUGCUACAAAUAUUGAAUAUGAUGAACAUAAAGGACGCAUUGCUAUUGGACGCCUGCAUGCUGGGGCGCUGCGCAAAGGAAUGGACGUCAAGGUGUGCACAUCGGAAGAUUCCUGUAGAUUUGCAAGGGUUAGUGAGCUUUUUGUCUAUGAGAAAUUCAACAGGGUUCCGGUUGAUUCAGUGGAAGCUGGAGAUAUUUGCGCUGUUUGUGGAAUCGAUGACAUUCAGAUUGGUGAGACUAUUGCUGAUAAAGCAUUUGGGAAACCUCUACCUACCAUUAAAGUAGAAGAGCCAACUGUUAAAAUGUCAUUUUCUGUAAACACCUCUUCAUUUUCUGGCCGUGAGGGGAAGUAUGUCACCAGCAGGAAUUUACGAGACCGCUUAAACCGUGAACUUGAAAGAAAUCUAGCCAUGAAAGUGGACGAUGGUGAGACAGCAGAUACGUUCAUUAUUAGUGGACGUGGUACACUACACAUUACCAUCCUAAUAGAAAACAUGCGAAGAGAGGGAUAUGAGUUUAUGGUUGGUCCUCCAAAAGUUAUCAAUAAGAAGGUGAAUGAUAAAUUACUGGAGCCAUAUGAGAUUGCAACUGUUGAAGUGCCAGAAGAACACAUGGGACCUGUUGUUGAACUUCUAGGCAAACGACGGGGGCAGAUGUUUGAUAUGCAGGGUGUCGGGUCGGAGGGAACAACUCUGCUUCGGUACAGGAUCCCGACUCGUGGACUUCUUGGUUUACGAAAUGCAAUUUUAACAGCUUCUCGUGGCACAGCUGUCUUGAACACAAUCUUCGAUAGUUACGGACCGUGGGCCGGCGAAAUCAGCACCCGCGAUCAAGGUUCACUGGUAGCAUUUGAGGACGGAACGUCGACAUCCUAUGCGCUAGCGAGUGCACAAGAGAGAGGGCAGAUGUUUAUCGGUCCCGGGGUCGAUGUUUACAAGGGUCAGAUAGUCGGGAUCCAUCAGCGACCCGGAGACUUGGCCCUGAACGUAUGCAAGAAAAAGGCUGCAACUAAUAUACGAUCCAACAAAGACCAAACAGUUGUUCUGGAUACCCCGUUGGAAUAUAGUUUGGACGAUUGCAUCGAGUAUAUAGAAGAGGAUGAACUCGUUGAGGUCACUCCCGUCAGUAUCCGCAUGUGCAAGAACCCUAAACUCGCGAAAAAGGCGAGGUAAAUCGUUUGUGUUUUCGGGUGGAGGAUGAACUCAUGGAGGGCAUUCCCCGUCUGCAAGAACCCCUAAACUCACGGAAAAAGGCGAGGUAAAGUAUUUUUGUUGCAUCAUUCUGCCCUUCUUCGCGAUUCUUGUCCCUCUUUUACGCAUCGAUCACACACAUAAGGAGCGAUUCGGUAUAUAUAUCAUCACCCAUUUCGUGGAGAGAUUUGGGUGAAAUGAAACGUACUUUACAGGAGAUGGCAGAGCCAAGAAAUUGAUGUCUUUGAAAGAUUUGUGUUCAUGUAGUUACUGUGAGUGUACUGUCUAAAUAUAGUAUGUUGCCUGCGCUUCAUAUCCUACUUCGUGAAUUUAUA